AUGUCUCAGCCCCCAUCCGCCCAACUCCUCACCCUCCUACAAUCCCUGCGCACGACCCCGACCCGUCUUAUACAAUCGCCCGUGACCCAGCCGCGCCGUGCUUCUGUCGCUAUCAUAUUGCGCCUGAAACCAGCAGACGAGCUAGUCUUUGAAGGGCACGAGACUGAAGGGUAUGACGGCAAUGUCAUUGCACGAGAUGACUGGGGAGAGGGCUUGGAAUUUGAGGACUAUAUGAAGCUUCCAUGGGUGAAUCACCCCAAUACUGUCCCCGAAGUCCUCUUCAUCCGCCGAGCAUCUCCGCCCCCAACACCCUCCACUGCGGGAAACACCCACCACCGCUGGGCAUCCCACAUCGCCUUCCCUGGUGGCCGCCAAGAGCCUGAUGACCAGUCCGCAUACUAUACUGCUCUGAGAGAGACGUGGGAGGAGAUUGGGGUGGAUCUAGCAGAAAAGGAGUAUCUGAGUGUUGGAAGACUGGACGAGAGGGAGGUUACCACGAGUCUCGGCAAGAGGCUGUUGAUGAUUCUAAGCCCCUUUGUCUUUCUACAAACGUCCCCCUUCAGCCCCACUCCGGAGCUCCAAGCUUCCGAAAUCUCCUCGGUCCACUGGGUUCCAUUAACGCUCCUCGUUCCACCUUUUGCCGACGAUCGCUGGGCAAAGAUCGACAUUGACAUAAGCAGUCGCCUCAGUCCAAGGAACAAGCUCGUGCGAUGGUGCUUGCGCAACUUGAUCGGCAAAAUGAAAUUUGGAUGUCUGCUGUUACCAGACGACCCUGCUGCCAUCGCCAAAGACUUUGAUAGAGCAGAGUUUGAUGAGAGUGUGGAAGGGAGUGGGAGCUGGACAAACAGCCAUGACGGAAGUCAAGUGCUCCGCCUGUGGGGCUUGACGCUGGGUAUGACCCUCGACCUCAUAUCGCACCACCCCUCCGCCCCAUCCACCCUGCUAACGGAAGGAUCCACCUUGACCUCUUCUUCUCCUACCAUCCCCAUCUCCGAGUACACUCCACUCAACGAACCUCGAACGCCUGUCACUGUACAGAGCUCGUUUGAGGAUGAAUGGGAGGCGGCCAGAAAGGUUCUGAAAGAUGAGACGGAUAAGAACACCAAGGCGGCUGCGGCGGAGAAUGGAAAGGAGAGGAAGAGGAGACGAGGCGCAGGCCCGUAUAUGACAGCUGUUUUCCCUACCUUUACCUACCCGGACGUCAAUUUCUGGAUCUGGGUGUUCUCGAGGCGCUACCGACAGGUGAUCAGAUCAUGGGAAUCAUCGACUAUCGGCCGUUCCCGUGCGGCCGACAGGCGUAUUAACUGGUCCGGCCAAGCCCUCGCGACAUUCUACACGGCCGUCCGCCAGGCGCUGCUGGUAGCAAUUAUCAUCCGCGGCUUGUGCCUCAGUGCAGGGAUCGUUGGUUUCAGCUACUUUGUGCUCAAGUCGCUUGCCAGGAGCGACGGGAGGGAGCUCUGA